UUUUUUUCCUUUUUCACACAUUCUCAAAAGUUCUUCUCUUUUUCUUCUCAGAAGCAGAACCAGACAAGCAAAUUACUCUAAAGUACUCUGUGAAAGAUGUAUGGAAAUAAUAACAAGAAGUCUAUCAACAUCUCGAGUAUGUUCCAAAACUUCAUCCCCGAAGGCGACAUUUUCUCGCGGCGUUGCAUCUGGGUCAACGGUCCGGUCAUCGUAGGAGCUGGUCCAUCAGGUCUGGCCGUAGCCGCGGGCUUGAAACGUGAAGGAGUACCGUUCAUAAUCCUCGAGCGAGCUAACUGCAUUGCUUCUUUAUGGCAAAACAGAACCUACGAUCGUCUCAAACUCCACCUCCCCAAACAGUUCUGCCAGUUACCAAACUAUCCUUUCCCGGAUGAGUUCCCGGAGUACCCAACCAAGUUUCAGUUUAUUCAGUACCUUGAGGCCUACGCAGCCAACUUCGAUAUCAGCCCUAAGUUUAACGAAACGGUCCAGUCCGCUAAAUACGACGAGACGUUCGGGCUAUGGCGGGUUAAAACCAUUUCGAAGAUGGGGCAGCUCGGUUCUUGCGAGUUUGAGUAUAUCUGCAGGUGGAUUGUGGUGGCUACGGGAGAGAAUGCUGAGAAAGUUGUGCCAGAUUUCGAAGGUCUAGAGGAUUUUGGGGGCGAUGUUCUCCAUGCUGGUGACUAUAAAUCCGGUGGAAGGUACCAAGGGAAAAAGGUUUUGGUCGUGGGAUGUGGAAACUCCGGUAUGGAAGUCUCUCUCGAUCUCUACAACCACGGAGCAAACCCAUCGAUGGUCGUUCGUAGUUCCGUUCAUGUGUUACCAAGAGAGAUAUUUGGGAAAUCAACGUUUGAGUUGGGAGUAACGAUGAUGAAGUAUAUGCCGGUUUGGCUCGCGGACAAGACCUUGCUCCUUCUGGCGAGGAUAGUUUUGGGGAACACCGACAAUUACGGUCUAAAAAGGCCAAAAAUGGGGCCGUUAGAGCUAAAGAACAAGGAAGGGAAAACUCCGGUACUCGACAUCGGAGCAUUGCCUAAAAUAAGAUCGGGAAAGAUCAAAAUCGUCCCCGGAAUCAUAAAGUUCGGAAGAGGAAAAGUCGAGUUAGUCGAUGGCCGUGUUCUUGAGAUUGAUUCCGUUAUUCUAGCUACCGGGUACAGAAGCAACGUCCCUUCAUGGCUUAAGGACAAUGACUUCUUCUCGGAUGAUGGGAUACCAAAGAACCCGUUUCCAAACGGAUGGAAAGGAGAGGCAGGAUUGUAUGCGGUAGGGUUCACGAGAAAAGGGCUGUUCGGUGCGUCGCUGGAUGCGAUGAGUGUGGCUCAUGACAUUGCUAACAGAUGGAAAGAAGAAUCUAAGCAACAGAAGAAAACUGCUGCUGCUCGUCAUCGUCGAUGUAUCUCACAUUUCUAAAUCAUCUUUCAAAUAAAAUACAAUACUAUUAGGAAAUAUUUAUUAUAAUGGAU